GCCCCUCGCCGGUGCCGCGCCGUGAGUGCCUCCGCCCGGAGCCGCCCCAGGCGUAGGCUCCGGCAGAGUCCAGCUGAACCCGGUGGAGGCUUUUGAGAAGCCGGGUGUCAACAUGACAGAGCGCUUUGAUUGCCACCACUGCAAUGAGUCUCUCUUUGGGAAGAAGUACAUCCUGCGGGAGGAGAACCCCCACUGUGUGGCCUGCUUUGAAGCACUCUACGCCAACACGUGUGAAGAGUGUGGGAAGCCCAUCGGCUGCGACUGCAAGGACUUGUCCUACAAGGACCGCCACUGGCACGAGGCCUGUUUCCACUGCUUCCAGUGCAAGAGCUCACUGGUGGACAAGCCCUUCGCGGCCAAGGAGGACCAGCUGCUCUGCACAGACUGCUACUCCAACGAGUACUCGUCCAAGUGCCAGGAAUGCAAGAAGACCAUCAUGCCAGGUACCCGCAAGAUGGAGUACAAGGGCAGCAGCUGGCAUGAGACCUGCUUCAUCUGCCAUCGCUGCCAACAGCCCAUAGGAACCAAGAGUUUCAUCCCUAAAGACAAUCAGAAUUUCUGCGUGCCCUGUUACGAGAAGCAAUAUGCCCUGCAGUGUGUUCAGUGCAAAAAGCCCAUCACCACAGGAGGGGUCACUUACCGAGACCAGCCCUGGCACAAGGAGUGCUUCGUGUGCACUGCCUGCAAGAAGCAACUGUCGGGACAGCGCUUCACAGCCCGGGAUGAGUUUGCCUAUUGCCUCACCUGUUUCUGCGACUUAUAUGCCAAGAAGUGCGCAGGGUGUACCAACCCCAUCAGUGGCCUGGGAGGCACGAAGUACAUCUCCUUUGAGGAACGGCAGUGGCAUAACGACUGCUUCAACUGUAAGAAGUGCUCCCUGUCCCUGGUGGGGCGAGGCUUCCUCACCGAGAGGGACGACAUCCUGUGCCCUGACUGUGGGAAAGACAUCUGAAGGACCCCUGGAGGCUACAGCUUGUGAUUUCACACAAAUUUAUAUAUUUUCUUUCUCCACCAAGCAAUAGUUCUGGUUCCCACAGCCACCUCAAGAUUUUCCUCUUUCACUUUCAGUGAUCUUCAUGUUUGUUUAAAUCCUUUAAUCCUUAUGCUAGUUCAAUGGAGGGAAGGAGAAAACCCUUCUGUAAACUGUAGGUGGGAAGAUGGUUUGGAAUUUUUGUAAUCAAGUGAGACAAAUCCAAGCAUAAAAUUCCUUUUGAACGCUAUCUUUAUAAAUGCAUCUUUCUUUCACUGCUAUUUAAUUUUUAAGUGCAAUUGACAUAUGUCACAAACUUGAAAGUUUUCCAAACUAUAAAUAAGGUAAAGAGUUUGUAUUUGCAACUCUGUAACUUCCUGUCAUCUAAAGCCUAAAAGCAAGAUUAUGUGACUUAUAAUAAAGUUAAUCAGAAUAAAAUCUUUUGCCAGA